AUUUAAUUUAUAGUUAUUUGCUUUAUUUAAGCAGUACAGUGUAUUCAAAUUGUAGGACUCAAAUGUAAAACAAACUAAAGUAGUCUAAGCAAGCACAAUGUCAGAAAUGCUUAAGAAUUUGAACAGAGAAUCACUUCACUCUGAAAGUAGGGCCUCUGUUGAGGAUCGGCUAAAAGUGUAUGAAUUAUGUAAAACACAUUUAGGCGGCCAUUGGAGUGAUGUUAGUGCCGACCAACUGGUCAUCAAACGCGUCACAUGUGUGGCACUGUUUGCCAAAAAGAUGGCAAAAAUGCAUUCAUUAGACGUACCCAUAGCUAAGGACAGCCACCAGUUCCUUAUGAAAAACUAUUGGGAUUUGUUUGCGGCGCCGGUAUUCGAGUCCUACAAAAAGGGACACAUCUAUGAGGAGAUCCAAAGACACAAAUUGCAGACAUUUAUGGAAAUGGAUUUAUGCGAUGAGAUGUCGUGGGCUAUGGAGGUGUCGGUGGGUUUGGGAGGGCCGGUAGUCUUCACGCACAACGAUCUCAUGCGUCGCAAUAUAUUAGUCCGCAAUACGUGUCAUACAAAUGCCGACGAUUUGGACGUCUUUAUAGUGGACUACGACUGGAGUUGUUAUAUGUUUAGGGGCGCAGACUUUGCUGACUAUUUCAUCGACUGGUGUCAACCGGAACUGGAUUUCGGUGGCAAUCACUUCCCGACCGAUCAACAGAUGUACGCCUUUAUCGACGCCUACAUCUCGGAAAUGAGUGCACUUUCGGGCGAUUCCUAUACUAAACGUGUAGUGAAUUCACGCGAAACACUGGUAAUGGAGGCGAAAGUGUUUGCUUUGGUCUCGUUGUGUAAAAUUGUCUUUUGGUCCCUAAAGAUAGGAAUCGAUGAAAACCCGGAGUAUUUGGUGAAUAGUUUUUAA